UCACAUAGUGCUGUAAAUAAUUUUUUUUUUUUUUCCUUCUUUUUUUUUUAAAUGAAAACACACCUUAAAAUACAGUUUUACGAGUGUCGAUGACGAAACUGAUAAAAAAAAAAAAAAAAGAUUAUCAACCAUCAUCAACUGUUAACUGAUAAUUGUGAUAACAAGUUGGAAGUUCAGUUUGUUACCGUACGACAAUGAUUCGUGACCGGAUGCCCGACUUGCAUUCACAACAAAGGAAGAAUUCAUUUUUAAAUAGAAGCAAUUCUUUUUUGCAAGAUGUGCAAAUUCAAAUUCGUCAGGACAAAAAACUUAAUCAGGUUCUUGAAGAUUCUGAGGAAAUUCGUAAUAUGAUACAACUUCUCGCUGAAAAUAUUGAGAAAGUAAAGGAAAUGCAAAACAAUGUACUCACUCACACGAACAAAGGUAUUCAAAUGGAACUGGAGAGUCGGAUUUUUACAAUUUCACAAACUUCAAAAAGAAUUCAAAAAAAACUAGUAGAAAUGGGAAAGCAAACGACAAAAAUCGAUGAUCUCACUAUAGUAAGUGCAGCUGAUGGUCCGGCUCAUAAAAGAAUAAAAAUUCUUCAAUAUACAACAAUGCUAAAACUUUAUUCAGACAUUAUUCAAGAUUAUAAUGAAACAUUACUCAAAUAUCACGAAAAAUGCACGUCUCUAUUGCAGCAACAAAGACUCUUGAUUCGUAGACAAAUUACGAGUGCAGAAUUUGAAGAAUUAUUGGAGGCACAAGAAACGAGUCUUUUUGUCGAUAAUAUUUUAGUCGAUAUUCAAAUAACAAAACAACAACUAUCAGAUAUGGAAACAAGGCACAAAGAAGUGAAAAAAUUGGAAAAAUCAAUAACAGAAAUUCGAGAUUUGUUUGUCGAUGUUGCAUUUUUAAUUCAAGAGCAGGGAGAACAAAUAAAUAAUGUCGAAUUUUUCGCGGGUAAAACAAUGGAUAACAUUGAUAGUGGUGGUCAAGAUCUUAAAAAAGCGAAAAAAAAGAGCGCAAGACUCAGAAAGAGGAAAAUAAAAAUAGUUUGCAUUCUCAUUGCGAUAAUCAUAAUUUUAAUUUUGAUUGCCGUUUAUUUUUAAUGAAAAAAAUAAAUUCUCAAAUAAAAAAAAAAAAA